AUGAGUUACCUGACGACCCCACGCACCAGACUGGGCCAUCCGUCCACAGCGCCUUCCCCACUCCGCCAGACAUCAACCGCCUCGACUGCCUCGUCAAGCCGCUCAGAUCAACAUCCUCCAAGCCGCUCAAGUACACAGUCCAGCAAUGCCUCGGCCGGCUACUCGUCCUUUGGCCACCGCCGCGGAAUGAGCGAGGCCGCCGGACUCUUGACACGGCGGACAGACGACUACUAUACACCUCCAGAAGCCGAGCCCAGCGAUACGUAUUCGAGUAUGCGCAAGGCACUGCGCCCGCUACAGCAACCCCCCGCAAACCCGCCCUCGCCCGAGAAACUGACAAGACAUGCAACCUUUGCGAAUCCGCCAUCCCCGGAGAAGCCAUUGCGACCCUCGACCCCAAUAAGCCCAUCGUCUGCCGAGAAGAUCCUACGACCACCAAUUUAUUCAAACCCGCCCUCGCCCGAGAAGCUUCUGCGGCCUGCCACAGCCAGCCCUACACGGAGUAACAGCCACAUGCGUUCCCAAAGUGUCGAGAACAUAUACGCCCCAUUUGAUAGCUCCGUCUCCCCGACCGAGAAGGCUCGUCCGCUUUCGCUAGCCGUAUCACGAAAUGACUCUGUCCGCGCACCCACUCGUGACCAUUCUUCUCGACCGCUGUCACUUCACCUGGAACGACCAGAACUCAAGACCUUCCAAAAGUCAUCGACAGGCCAUCUCCGUACCCUGUCUAAAUUCGCAGAAACCGCCACCGAUGACGACUUUGCUAUCAAGUCGCCCGAGCAGCAGGUCGUGGGUCUCAAUGGGCGGAGAAGGCUUCAGCGGACAGACUCGGCACGACAAAAGUCGGCAUCUACCUGGUCGAGCCGCAACUGGAUGGAUCAGCAGCGCCAAUUCUUGCAGGCAUACGAGUAUCUUUGUCAUAUAGGAGAAGCCAAAGAGUGGAUGGAGGACAUCAUCGAGACCGACCUGCCCCCAGUAGUAGAGCUAGAAGAAGCGCUUCGAGAUGGUGUUACCCUGGCAGAAAUUGUCCAGGCUGUCAAGGGACAACCGUUGCGCAUUUUCCGGGACCCCAAACUCCAAUACCGACACUCCAACAACUACGCGCAUUUUUUCAAGUUCUUGUCCGAGAUUGAACUGCCGGAUCUCUUUCGCUUUGAACUAAUCGAUCUUUACGAAAAGAAGAAUGUCCCAAAAGUCAUCUACUGCAUACACGCCCUUUCCUGGCUCUUGUUCCGCAAAGGCAUAGUCGACUUCCGCAUUGGCAACCUGGUCGGAAAACUGCAGUUUGAAGAUCACGAACUCGAGGCAACCCAAAAAGGUCUAGACAAGUCUGGUGUUAGCAUGCCCAACUUCUCGGGCAUGCAGGCAAACUUCCAGGUCGAGCCAGAACCAGAACCAGAGCCAGUCGAGUCAGAAGAUGAACGCAUCGAUCGCGAGCUGGCCGAGAACGAAGGCAUCAUACUGGAUCUGCAAGCGCAGAUCCGGGGUGCCCUAGUCCGGAUACGUUUGGGCAUGCUGAUGCAAGAGCUCUGGGAUCAGGAACACCUCAUUGUCGAUCUCCAAGCCCGUGUCCGAGCUGAUUGGGCCCGCCAAAUCGCAAACUACCGGUUGGACAUGCGCCGUUUUGCCAUGACUUUGCAAAGUGCCGCAAGAGGGUUCCUAGUCCGGUCGAGACUACAGGGCGAAGAGCAGUACUGGCAGGACAAGACUCCACAAGUGCUCAAAAUACAGAACCUGUUCCGUGGACGCAAGGCCAGGGCUCAAGUUCAGUACACAAAGUCAAAAAUCGAGCGUCACGAGCACGGCAUACGCGAGUUCCAAGCAGCGAUACGUGGAGCAUUGGAACGUAAGCGUGUUGCUGAACGAUACGAACGAACCCGAAACACUGAGCCGAUUGUUGUCGACGUGCAGGCUAUGAUCCGUGGUGCCCUUGUCCGAGCAAAGGUCGAUCAACAGUGGGCAGACUUGCAGCAGAGUGAACCUCAAGUUGCUCAGCUGCAAGCUGCUGCGCGAGCCAUGCUUCUCCGCCAAUCAAUGCGCACAGAUCAGGAAGGCCUUCGCCAACAGGAAUCUACAAUCACCCUCCUACAGUCUGCCAUGCGAGGCCUCCUCGCCAGAAACAAGAAUGCUGCAGUACAGGAGAACCUGGUAAGCACCAAAGUCGAGUGGUCCGGUCUUCAGUCUCGCGUUCGUGCCAAUGUUGCGAGAAACUCUGUCAAGCAGAUCCAAGAAGCCCUUCAUGCAGAGGAGCCUCAAAUCACGGAUUUGCAAUCUAUGGCGCGAGCAGGAAAGAUGCGUUCCGAAAUUGCCAACAUGCUUGCACAAUUUCAGGACCAAGAAAGCAAUGUUCUGUCUUUUCAGUCUCACAUUCGUGGUUUCCUUGCGCGGCAAAGACACUUUUCUGACCUUGGAGAACUCCAGGCACAGGAGCCCGCUAUUCUCGAUCUGCAAUCUGCCUGCCGUGGUUUCAUGCAGCGUCAAAGAACAUAUGAGACGCUUUGUGAGCUCAACGCUCAAGAACCCGAGAUUGUUGACCUUCAGGCUGUAGCCCGUGGCAUGCUGCAGCGCAUGCAAAUUGGUCUGCAGCUUGGUCAAGCGGAAGAGCAUGAAGAAGCCAUCAUUGAUCUGCAGAACAUAGCUCGUGGCAUGUUGAUCCGACGAAGAUUCCAAGAGAAGCAGCAAUUCUACAGGGAAAACAUGGAAAAGGUCAUCAAAGUACAGAGCUUUAUCCGUGGUCGUCAGCAAGGUGAGGCGUACAAGAGCUUGACUAGCGGAGCGAACCCACCAGUGUCGACUGUCAAGAACUUUGUACAUCUCCUCAACGACAACGACAUUGACUUUGACGAAGAAAUUGAAUUUGAGCGUCUGCGAAAGACGGUCGUCCAGCAUGUACGACAAAAUGAGCUCGCCGAGCAGUAUGUUGAUCAACUCGACAUCAAGAUUGCUUUGCUUGUGAAGAACAAGAUCACUCUGGAUGAGGUCGUCAAGCAUCAGAAACAUUAUGGAGGCAAUGUCGGAACUCUUCUCAGCAGCAAAGAUAUCUCGUCCAAAGACCCCUUCGAUCUCAAGGCCCUGAACAAAAACUCCCGCCGGAAGCUUGAGCAGUACCAAGAGCUGUUCUUCAUUUUACAGACACAACCUCAGUACAUGGCCAGGCUUUUCAGGCGCCUACGUGAACAGAACCUUCCCGAGGGUGAUACUAAGCGCAUCGAACAACUUACCAUGAGUCUCUUUGGACUUGCCCAGAAGCGUAGGGAAGAAUACUGGCUACUGAAACUCUUGACCCGAUCGCUGAAAGAGGAGAUUGAGAGCUGUGGCACAUUGCACGACUUCGUUCGCGGUAACUUUUUCUGGGCCAAACUCUUCGCCAACUAUGUUCGAUCACCUCGCGACCGUAAAUUCUUGAAGGAUGUUUUGGGCUCCGUCAUUCGCGAGAACAUUAUCGAGAAUGAGCAUCUGGAUUUGGAGAGCGACCCCAUGCAAAUCUACCGCUCAGCGAUCAACAACGAAGAGCUCCGUACUGGCCAGCGAAGCCACCGUGACCCGAACGUCUCGCGGGAUGUAGCUUUGAAGGAUCCUGAGACUCGUGGAACCUUCAUUCACAACCUCCAAGAUCUCCGAGAUGUUGCCGACCAGUACUUCACAAUGUUUGAGGAAGUCCUCCAUCGCAUGCCUUUUGGUGUACGAUACAUUGCGCAACAAAUGUUCGAAGAACUUCGCCUCAAGUUCCCGUAUGAACCACAAGAGCAGCUCCUCCAGAUCACUGGUCACUGGGUCUGGAAAAGCUAUAUUCAACCUGCUUUGCUGCAACCUCAGCACUGGGGUGUGGUUGACCGUGGCUUGUCGCCUCUGAUGAACCGGAACCUUGGUGCAGUUAAUAAAGUGCUUGGUCAGAUCGCAGUCGGCAAGCUAUUCGGCGGUGAUGAUCUCUAUCUCCAACCACUCAACAGCUACAUUACCGAAGCUAUUGACCGCCUGCAAGACAUCUGGUCGAACAUGAUCAAUGUCCGCCCUGCUGAGGCCCAGUUCGAGAUUGACGAGUUCAACGACCUCUUUGCAAGAACCAAACCUACACUCUACAUCAAGCUCGCCGACGUUUUUGCCAUCCACAACCUCGUCAUUGACGACCUUCCAAACCUCUGCCCUGCGCAAGACGACCCACUUCGCGAGGUUGUCCGUGAGCUCGGUAGCGCAAAAAACAACGAGAAUGAAUUGUUGCAUGUCAGCGCUAGUGAAAUAACUCUCACUCUUAACCCCAAAUAUCAUGAACAAGAAGAUCCCGACUCUGCUAUCAAAUCUCUCUUCAUGGAAACCAAGCGAUACGUCCUCUACAUCAUUCGUGUUCAGACUGGCGCCAACCUCACAGAGAUCAUGUGCAAGCCUGUCACGCCUGAGGACGAGGACCGAUGGGAUGCUCUUGUUAGUGAAGAAAUUAUUGCUCAGCGGAAAGACCGCUCGCGACGACAAAACAACGUGGUACGCUCAUCGGCUGCUUCUACUUACACGACAGAUAUGAGCGCAAACUCUGUGCUGGAUCUCGACUACACCACACUCAAACAAUACUGCCUGGAGAACAUGGUGCAACUUCAACGCGCAGGCCGCAUCUCCCACACCAACAACUACCAGGAUCUCCUCAACGCCAUUGCAGUCGACAUUCGCACCAAGCACCGAAGACGUAUCCAACGCGCCAAGGAACUGGAAGGUGUACGCACUACGCUGGCCGCGCUCGACGAGAAGGCACACUUCCUGGAAUCUCAAUUAAAAUCGUACAACGACUACAUUGAACAAGCCAUGAUUACGCUGCAGUCGAAGAAGGGCAAGAAGAAGUUCUUGCUCCCUUUCACCCGCCAAUACAAUCACCAGCGUGAACUGAAGAACAGCGGUCGCGAGUACCGCUUUGGGUCAUUCAAGUACUCUGCACGCAACCUUGCUGAAAAGGGUAUUCUCAUUUCCUGGUCAGGCUACCACGAGCGCCAAUGGGACCGUCUAGAUAUUACCAUUUCCAGCAACCAAACGGGUAUCUUUGAGAUCCAGGGUUCGCAAGGGUCCAUGAUGAUCCCUGGUGCGUUUGCAGAAGUCCCGCUUGAUGGCCUGCUACAGGCUCAAUUCGACAAUCACCAGUUCAUGAAUCUCUUUGGUGGCGAGGCCGGCAAGGGCGGUGGUGAGGGUAUUGCGCGGGUCAACGUCAACUUGUUCCUGCAUUUGAUUUUCAAGAAGUUUUACCGGGAUGAGUAG